CCGAGGGCCAGGCCCCUGGAGGCCCGUCGGCGCGGUCCGCUCUCCCGCGCUAUCAGGUGAUCUCCAGCCUAGGCGGCCGCCGCCCACCACCAACCCGCGGAACACGCGAAAUGGCCCUCGGGGGUGGUGAGAGGCCCCGGCCUGCGACCCCGGCCCGCCGCGCAGCGCCAGCUCGGGCUCCAGCGCCUUUCCGCGCCCUCCCGGCGGCAGUCCCGGCCUGAGCCCAGGGAGGGCGCAGCCAGGCGGUCUCCGGCACCCCGCCCGACCGCUCCAGGCCCGCGCGCCGACCCGUCAUGGGGCUGUGCUACAGUCUGCGGCCGCUGCUCUUCGGGGACCCCGGAGACGCCUCCCACGCCGUCCUGGACCCGCGGACGCAGGAGCCGCCCGAGCGCGCCGCCCCGUCUGUCUUGGGACGCCUCCGGGAGGGCCCGCAGCCCGCCUCGGCCCCGGCCCGCGCGGCGGCUGGAAGGGGCGCAUCCGGAGCGCCGGCGGCCGAGCGGCCCACCUGCGGCAAAUGCCCGGAGAAGCGGCGUCACCCGGACCCGCGGCGGGCCGAGGAGCGCGAGGCCGAGAAGGAAGCAAGGAAAGUCAGCAGGAGCAUCGACCGGAUGCUCAAGGAGCAGAAGCGGGACUUGAGGCAGACGCACCGGCUGCUCCUGCUGGGGGCCGGCGAGUCUGGAAAGAGCACCAUCGUCAAACAGAUGAGGAUCCUCCACGUGAACGGAUUUAAUCCCGAGGAAAAGAAGCAGAAAAUUCUGGACAUCCGGAAAAAUGUUAAAGAUGCUAUUGUGACAAUUGUUUCUGCAAUGAGUACUAUAAUACCCCCAGUUCCACUGGCCAACCCCGAAAACCAGUUUCGAUCAGACUAUAUCAAGAGCAUAGCCCCUAUCACUGACUUUGACUAUUCCCAGGAGUUCUUUGAUCAUGUGAAAAAGCUUUGGGAUGAUGAAGGCGUGAAGGCCUGCUUUGAGAGAUCGAACGAGUACCAGCUGAUCGACUGUGCACAAUACUUCCUGGAGAGAAUUGACAGUGUCAGUCUGGUUGACUACACGCCCACAGACCAGGACCUCCUCAGAUGCAGAGUUCUCACGUCGGGGAUUUUCGAGACUCGAUUCCAAGUGGACAAAGUGAACUUCCACAUGUUUGAUGUCGGAGGCCAGAGGGAUGAGAGGAGGAAGUGGAUCCAGUGCUUUAACGAUGUCACUGCUAUUAUAUACGUGGCCGCCUGCAGUAGCUACAACAUGGUGAUUCGAGAAGAUAACAACACCAACAGGCUCAGGGAAUCCCUGGACCUUUUUGAAAGCAUCUGGAACAACAGGUGGUUACGGACCAUUUCUAUCAUCUUGUUCUUGAACAAACAGGAUAUGCUGGCAGAAAAAGUCUUGGCAGGGAAAUCCAAAAUCGAAGACUAUUUCCCAGAGUAUGCAAAUUAUACUGUUCCUGAAGAUGCAACACCAGAUGCAGGAGAGGACCCCAAAGUUACAAGGGCCAAGUUCUUUAUCCGGGAUCUGUUUCUGAGGAUCAGCACAGCAACCGGAGAAGGCAAACACUACUGCUACCCCCACUUCACGUGCGCCGUGGACACCGAGAAUAUCCGCCGGGUCUUCAACGACUGCCGCGACAUCAUCCAGAGGAUGCACCUCAAACAGUACGAACUUUUAUAGGCACCCCCUGGUUCUCUCUCUCUGCCGCCCCACGGGCGGACGAUUUAUUCUAGGACUGCUUCUUUGUCAGCCCCAAGCCAUGGUAGAGAGUAGUGAGUCUCUAGCUUCCUCUUGCUAGCCGUCUGUCCUGUGUCAUCCACGCCACUUGUGUGUCCACCAAGCCUCUGACCACCUUGGUUCCCCUCAGGUUUGGUUUUUUUUUUUUUUUUUGGGGGGGGGUUUGUUUCCAUCAGACCCAACCUUCCACGCCCUCGCCGCCCUCCACUAACUUGUCUCUCCCCACACCCUCACAUCUCACUUGGGAGACCCGGCCGUGAAAUCUCUCAGGGCAGGGGCCCCUUUGGGUCAUUCAUUGAGCCAUGCAGUGAGGACAACUCACGGGAUGGGAAAGAUCGAGAUCACACGCUUUGUUCGGAGUCGUCGGAUGUGGUUGCCCAAGCGCGCGUCUGGUGUGGCGAGCCCCGGCUCUUUCAGACUGCAGCUGUAGAGGUGGCAGCCUGACGCUGGCUGUCACUUCUGCCUGCAUUUAGCCACAACUUGGGGUAGAGCCCGGGAGACAGAGAAGAGAAUCGAGUUUCAGGCACAUGCGCCGGCCCGGGCGUUUGCACGAGAGCAACUGUGAGCCUUUCACAUUCAGACAGAAACCCCUCCUGCUCACCCCUGCAAAGUGUGUCCUGUCUAAAAACAGCCCUCCAAACUUCCACUCUACUUGAACAGUAGUUGUCUUUCGUAUAUUCACUUUUUGUUCUUUUAUUGCUGGUUUAUUAUACUGUACAGACCAUAAAAUGUAAUAUUAUUUUGUAUAACUACUAAAGAAAACUCCUUGUAGAUCUUUGUGCCUUCAUUAUGGCUAUACCUGUAAAAGAAAUGUGUUUUUAUCGUGCUGAACAGCUUGAUGUCACCUUUACCUACUGCUUGCUCUGAAAAGGGGAAUGAAUGGUAUCUGUAGAAUUUAGGAUCUUUUUCAGGUUGGUACAUUAUUUAUAAAUAUCCCUUAGUAUAAUAAAAAAUCAACUCUAGUGAAAUAA